AUGCUUGUUCACGUUACCCACGUUCUCUAUUUCAGGCGUUCUUCAUACUACUGGCUUUGUAACGCUCUUGAUAUCUAUUGUCCGGUUCAAUGGGAAUACGGUCGUUUAAACUUCAACUACACGGUGGUUUCUAAGCGAAAAAUCCUCAAACUAGUUUCUUCCGGUAUUGUCGCUGAUUGGGAUGAUCCAAGACUCUUCACUCUCACUGCUCUACGCCGACGUGGCUUCCCACCUGAAGCAAUUAAUCGAUUCUGUGAGCUGAUUGGUGUCACCAUGAGCCAGACCGUACUUGAUCCCUCGGCACUGGAGGCUUGCGUUCGUGAUUAUCUCAACAAACAUGCUCCCAGACGCAUGUGUGUCGAGGAUCCUGUGAAAGUUACCAUUAAAAACUGGACGGAAUUGUAUGGAGAUAAGGAGUUUGUUGAGUUAACAGUACCUGACUUUCCCGCUGAUGAAAAUAGCACUACCCGUACUGUGGUUCUUUCUAAAGAACUCUACAUAGAGAGGUCCGACUUCCUGCGCGAUCCUGUACCGGGUUUCCGCCGUUUAACGCCUACCCAGCCCGUUGGUAUUCGCUAUGGUGGUUUAGUUCUUCGUUGUGGGGAUCUACAUGUGGAUGCAGAGAAUAACGUUCGAGAGAUCAUGGUCGAGGCUGAACCAAUUUCAACGACGAAUAAACCGAAGGCCUUCAUUCACUGGGUCUCCAAUCCUCUCAAGUGUGAACUUCGUCUCUAUGAUCGACUAUUCAAUGAAAAGAACCCUGAAGAUUGUCCUGGGGGAUUUAUGGCAGCAGUCAACCCGAAAUCCCUGGUUGUGGCGGAUGAGGCACUGAUUGAACGAUCUGUGAAGGGUUCCAACACGUACAGUCGCUUCCAAUUCGAACGUAUCGGAUUCUUUACCGUUGAUCAAGAUAGCGAACCUGACCACGUGAGAGUUAAUUUUACCCAUUUGAAUCUUAUCAUAAGGUGGUAA